CAGAAACAAAGCAAGUAAAGCUGCAGUUUUUCACUUUUUACUGCCGGGUAGACGGUCCAAAGGAGCGAUUUCCGAGCGAAACAAGCGCCCGACGAUAAUCUGAUUCAGUAUGUCACCCACGAGAACACCUGAGUCAGCAUCACCACCACCAAAACCAAACGAAGAUGGUAAUAGAUCCCACAAAGAUCAAGUCAAGCCAUCUGCGCCCUUCUUGUCGCCACCUUCCCUGUAUAUAAGCACACCCGCAAAACAUUCCAAAGAAGUGUUCACAUCUCUAGAGUCAUCCUCUAAGCCUUCUCCUUCUUCAAUCUCCUCUCUCUCUCUCUCUCUCUCUCUCUCAGAAAUGGUGAUGCAAAAGCUAGUAGUUUCAUUCUUGUUCAGUCCCCUGCUGCUUUGGAUUCUUUACGUUUCAGGACAUCCGUCCUUGGUUGAAUGCGCCUCCCAUCACCACCACCACCACCACCAUCACCAUCACCAUCGCGUCCGGCAUGUCAACGACCGCCAUGCCGUGUUUCGUCUGACAAAGAUGUUUGUCUUCGGAGAUUCGUACGCAGACACAGGGAACAACCCGAUAGUCUUGGUAAACUCGUGGAAGGUUCCCUACGGAAUCACCUUCCCCGGCAAACCCACCGGUCGAUACUCGGACGGCCGGGUCUUGACCGAUUUCCUUGCUGCACAUAUCGGAGUGAGAUCACCAAUCCCGUAUAGGUGGAGGAAGGUCGGGUCCAAGUAUGUGAAAUACGGAAUGAACUUUGCGUACGGAGGGACGGGGGUGUUCGACACGCUGUUUUCUCAGCCAAAUAUGACACUCCAGAUCGAUCGGUUCCAACAGCUCAUCGCCCAAUCUGUCUACACUGGACGAGAUCUUCAGUCUUCGCUCGCUCUCGUUACCAACUCCGGCAACGACUACUCCACAUACUUGGCCAAGGGUGGCUCUUACGAGGACUUGCCAAAAUUCAUAAUACAGGUGGUGAACCAGCUCGCUUUGGACAUAAAACGCAUCCACGACCUGGGCGUGAAAAUGAUAGUCGUUGCAGGUCUACAGCCUUUGGGAUGUCUUCCUCGGAGCACCGUCUUCGAUUCUUUCCGAACUUGCAAUGUGACUGCAAAUUCAUUGGCAACCUUCCAUAACCAGCUGUUGCAGCAGGCGGUCGCAAAGCUGAACAACCAGACACAGGCAUCGCCUGCUUUCGUUGUCGUCGAUCUCUAUACCUCAUUCAUGUCCGUGCUUAAUGACAAAGCAAGUACCAAGUUUCAGGAACCGCUGAAACCAUGCUGCGUGGGGACAAACAGCAGUUAUUCGUGCGGGAGUGUGGAUGAAAGUGGGCAGAAGCAAUAUGAACUGUGUAAGGACCCGAGAGGUAUGUUCUUUUGGGACAUGGUGCACCCUACGCAGGAGGGUUGGGGAGCUGUGUUUUCUACAUUAGGACCCCAUCUCAAGCUACUAUAGAUUGAUAUAUUCCCAUUUACUACUCAAUAAUUCACGGUCUUCAGUGUGGAUAAAAACCUUGAAUGGUCUUCGGUGGUCUCGAAUUGGAAACGCGAGAGAGAGAGAGAGAGAGAGAGGGUAUUGUGUGUUAAUAACUAUGUACACUUGGAUAGUUUUAACCUUAUAUUAUAAUGUACGUGCAAGA